CGCGUGAUGUAAACAGCUAGUCGUCGCCCGAAAAGCGCAGUGCACACGUCUAGAUCUGUCCUUUGCAUUUCUGUCACAAGAAACUGUUACGAUGUUGGCCCACUCUAUGUUGGCCAGCUCUAUUUGCUCAGGCUUGAGGAAUGCAUUUAAGGGAAGAACUGGAGGCAUUUUCGCACGAUUUUUGGGCACUUCUCAUGUUCGAAAUGUAGCAGUGGGACAAGCUGAGGUUGAAUCUGAACUGCGUCCCUUGUACUUAGAUGCCCAGGCCACCACUCCAUUAGACCCACGUGUACUAGAUGCUAUGUUACCUUAUCUUACGCACCAAUAUGGAAAUCCUCACUCUCGCACUCAUGCCUAUGGUUGGGACAGUGAGAAAGCAAUGGAAAAAGCUAGACAGCAAGUUGCUGAACUCAUUGGGGCAGACAAAAAAGAAAUUAUAUUUACAUCAGGAGCCACAGAGAGUAAUAACAUCAGUGUCAAAGGCGUUGCCAGAUUUUACAGGUCCAAGAAACGCCACGUAAUCACAACUCAAACAGAACAUAAAUGCGUCCUAGAUUCCUGCCGUGCUCUUGAAAAUGAAGGCUGGGAUAUAACCUAUCUUCCAGUACAGUCAACAGGUCUGAUUUCUCUUGAAGAACUAGAAGCAGCCAUCAGACCUGAUACUGCACUGGUGUCUGUUAUGAUGGUUAAUAAUGAAAUUGGAGUUGUUCAGCCUGUCAAAGAGAUAGGUGCAUUGUGCCGCUCUCGCAAGAUAUUUUUCCACACAGAUGCUGCUCAGGCUGUGGGUAAGAUACCCAUCAGUGUGAAUGAACAGAAUAUUGACCUAAUGUCUAUCAGUGGUCACAAGAUUUAUGGGCCCAAGGGCAUUGGUUGUCUAUAUGUGCGCCGCCGCCCCAGGGUACGUGUAGAGGCCUUGAUGAGUGGCGGUGGACAAGAACGUGGCAUGAGAUCUGGAACUGUGCCAACCCCUCUUGUUGUUGGCUUAGGUGAAGCAUGUGAAAUUGCAAAAAAGGAGAUGGAGUAUGAUUCACAACAUAUAAGAAAGCUGUCAGACAUACUGGUUCACUCUAUUACGUCAAGAGUGCCCAAUGUCAUCAGGAAUGGUGAUACAGAACACACGUACCCUGGCUGUGUAAAUCUCUCCUUUGCUUUUGUGGAAGGUGAAAGUUUACUGAUGGCACUGAAGGACGUGGCACUCUCCUCUGGGUCGGCUUGCACUAGUGCCUCUCUGGAGCCUUCAUAUGUUUUAAGGGCCAUUGGAACAGAGGAGGACCUGGCCCACUCAUCCAUUCGGUUUGGCAUAGGACGAUUUACCACAGAGAAAGAAGUUCAAUACACAGCUGAUAAGUGUGUGGAGCAUGUGAAAAGACUAAGAGAAAUGAGUCCUCUGUGGGAAAUGGUUCAAGAAGGCAUCGAUCUGAAGAGCAUCCAGUGGUCACAGCAUUAGCACACAUAACAAAAGUGUUUGCUUGUAACCAGUUGUACUAUAGCUGUUUAUUGUUUUUGAGAUCUAAAUGAAAAUUAAGAUUGUAAAUUGUGUGCGUGUGUGUGUGUGUUUGUGCGUGCGUGCAUGCGUGUGUGUGCACACGCAUGCAUGUGUGUGUGUGUCUGUAUGUGUGUGCGUGUGCGUGUGCGUGUGCAUGUGCAUGUGCACACACACGCACGUGAUUACUGUACAUUUAGAUACUAUGUUUAUAUAUUUUACCAAGACAUUAAAAAUUCAUUUGUGAAGAUCACACAGGCCUGUAUUCACUCUAGUAUGCAUAUUAUAUCUAUUAUCUUUGCUAUUGUUUGACUGUUUAUUGAUUAUACAUUAACCCAAUGGACCCGGAUGCUUUCCUACCAUCAAGUGGCCCAAAAUUGGGCAUUAGGCUUAACCCCUUAUGAACUGGUACAGCUAUAGCCAUCAUGACAUCAUGAUGUAUGAGGUAAAUAUGCAUCAUGACUUGCUUUAAUGAGCAAGUUAGUGGGCCAGUUGUACAUAGCACACACCCUGCCAAAAAGGCUAUACUGUCGUGUAAUGAUUACUUCUCAGAAAAUUCUGGCCCUGUCAUGAUAGGAUUUAGUGAAUGGCCACUCUGACAGGUGUGCGGCUUAUAGGCCAGGCGCAUGUGAACACUUGUGCACAGUAACAUGACCCCAUGCCUCCCCUUUGCAAUGUUAUUUUGUUUUUGUUUUUACAUAAGCAUUUUUAGCUUUUAUGCCAUUUUCCUGUCUAUAUUUGUGACAUGAUUUGCUUUAUUGAGAUGAUAAUACACUAUUUUCCUCAUACAGACUCCACUUCAUUGCUCUAGGUAGUCCAUAACCCUGUGCAAUAAUAAUAACUAUAAAUAACAAUUUGUUAUUUGAGUAAUUUUGAAAUGUUUUUUGGGUAAUAUUAAAUUUUCUGUAAUACAACCUGUGCCACUGGUCAUGGCGGGCAGGAACAGGAUCCUGAGUAUGUAAAUUGUGUCCCCCCUGGAGCUGGUGCUCUUCCAGUCAAGGCUCAGAGACAUUUCAUUCAACACUCGUUUAUCAAUGGGAAUAAUGCAAGAACCCCUUCCUAAGCACCAAAUGAGUCUAAUCACCUUCCAAGAGUUUUGAGUCUUCUCCAUCUACCUAGCCUGCAGGCAAAAUGCUCACACCUGCAAGUUCGUGUCACCCCAGCCUGCAGCCAAAUUUUCCUAUGAUGGCAUGUUCACAUCACCCUCCCCCAAGCCAUAUUUUUUCAUGACAUGAUGGUCACAUCAUCUGGGUCAUAGAUGUUAAUGUUGACAACCAAAUUUUUAUAGAGUUACUCAGUAUUUUGUUCCAUGGUGUUAUAAAUCUCUAACUCAUACUGCAAUAAAAAAGUUAUAUAGUAAUAGAUUUGAUCUUUUAGUACUAUUUAUUGUAUAGACACUGUAUAUAACAUCUUUGGUUUGUUGUAAUUCAAAAACCUUUUAUAAAUGUGUGUGCACUGUAA